UCAUCCUUCAGAUUGGAAAAAGAACCAACAAAAUGGCGACGACAUUCGGAGGAGCAACCGUGCUUGUCGUGAUUGCCUCAGUGAUGAUGGGAGCUUCAGUGGCCUAUCCAGGGUGGAACGACAACAGCGGCUACGCUUGGCCUCCGAGGCAGGACAAUCAUCCCACCGAGGUCCCUCCGAAGAAGGUCAUCGUCGGCGGGUCCGAGAAUUGGCAUUUCGGGUUUGAUUACGCCGCCUGGGCUUACAAGAGCGGCCCGUUUUACGUCAACGACACCCUCGUGUUCAAGUACGACCCGCCGAGCAACAACAACACGCAUCCGCACAGCGUCUACAUGUUCCGGAGCUUCUGGAGCUACAUGAGGUGCGACCUCAAGAGGGCGACCAUGGUGGCCAAUGUGUCGGACGGCGCGGGAGACGGCUUCGAGUUCACCUUGAGCCAGAAGUGGCAGUUUUACUUCUUCGCGUGCGGCGAGAGCGGCGGCCUCCACUGCUCCACCGGGAAGAUGCGGUUCUCCGUCGUGUCGCUUCCUCGCCCCUGGAAGUGGCACGGCUGAUUGGCCCCCAAUAAGCUACGGAAGAGGCAGUGCCAAUGCUUAUUAUGUUUCCAAAAGUUUGUUUUUUUUUUUAAAUAUACCUUUUCAACUAAGUUCAUGGUAUGAGUUAUCCGUCUCCGUUGAAGUUGUAUUGGGUUGUUCUUGUUCUAGCAAACAAUAAGUUCUUUUGGGUUUGCAAUAACUUUGUGACUCUUCUAAUAC